AUGUGUAUACGACUCUUAAAUAAACUUGUUAACCCAUCACCUUGGGGUGCUGAUGAUGUUUGCAUCUUCAUCGGUUUUGCAUGCGCAACGGCUUUGGUGCCUAUUGUGUAUCGAUUACUAUCUAUUGGCCUUGGAAGGGAUAUCUGGACUCUCCAACCAUACAAAAUCACCGAAUUUCUCAAGAUUCUUUUUAGCACCCAGAUCUUUUACAUCACUGGUUUGAGUACCAUCAAAGCAUCCAUCUUAUUCUUCUACCUUCGCAUUUUUCCAUCUCUUCGCUUCCGCAGAGUAUUAUGGGCAACACAAGGCUUCAAUGCUUUGUUGUUAUUCUUAUACCUCAUCCUCACGUUCACUCAGUGUCGUCCACUCAACAAAUACUGGCUUGGAUGGGAUGGAGAACAAGCAGGCGUUUGCAUGGACUUCAACAAGCUCGUCUUGACCCACGUUGGCUUCAAUAUUCUCUUGGACAUUUGGAUGCUGGCUCUGCCACUCACACAGCUUUACAAACUGAAUCUCGGAUUCAAGAAGAAGAUAGGGGUCAUCAUGAUGUUUUCUGUUGGUUUAUUCCUUACCGCAGUCAGCGCUCUUAGGAUCCAAGUCUUGGUCCACUUCGCGACCGCCAACAACAUCACUUCUGAGGCCUUAUGGGUCUAUGUCUGGUCCCUCGCGGAACUCGAUGUUGGCGUCUUCGUCGCUUAUCUGACGAACGGUCUGGGUCAACCACUAAAAUGA